UCGGCGGAGCACGUGGGCGGCGGCCAUGGCGGGCUCUCCGGAAGCGGCGGAGGAGGCGGAGCAGGGCCCAGAGCCCCCCGCCGGGGCCGCGGUGCGGCGGGGGAAGAGGGUUACCCCGACAGCCGCAGCCCCGCAGCCAGCCAAGCUGAGCCGCGCCGAGCUCUACAAGCCGCCGACCAGCGAGGAGCUGACCCAGCUGAAGGAGACGGAGGAUCUGUUCCAUUCCAGCCUGCUCCGCCUGCAGAUUGAAGAGCUUUUGAAAGAGGUGACAUUGAAGGAGACGAAGAAGAAGAGGAUUGAUGUCUUCCUUCAUGAAAUUAACAGCCUGCUGAGCACCAUCCCAAAGACUCCAGAAACUGAACUCACUGACCAGGCCUGGCUUUCCAAGGAUGUGAAGGUCCCGUUCCUGCAAGUGCCAUUCAAUGUCAAGGGAAGGUUCCACUUUGUGCCCCCAGCUGAGCUGAAGGUGGUGGGCAGCUACCUGCUGGGCACCUGUGUUAGGCCAGAGAUCAAUGUGGACAUUGCAGUGACCAUGCCACGGGAAAUCUUUCAGGACAAAGAUAACCUGAAUCAACGCUACCACCGGAAGAGAGCCCUGUACCUGUCCCACAUCGCCCAGCAUUUGUCCAAGGAGAAGCUCUUUGGAAGUGUGAAGUUUGCCUACAUGAACAGCAACCAUCUGAAGCCCAUCCUCCUCCUGAGGCCUCAAGGCAAAGAUGAGAAGAUGGUCACUGUCCGACUCCAUGCUUGUCCUGACUCGGGUCUCUUCAAACCCAGCCGCUUCUAUCCCAGCAAGAACAAUGUCCGGACUGCCUGGUUCAUGGAGCAGAGCACCCCCAAAGAAGGAGCCACCGAGCCCGCGACCCCUCACUACAACAACUCCAUCCUCUGUGACACAGUGAUGCACUCCCACCUGCAUUUCUUGUCUAACACAGCUGCAGACUUCCCAGGCAUGAAAGAUGGCCUGGCCCUCCUCAAAGUAUGGCUGAACCAGCGGCAGCUCAGCAAGGGCUUGGGGUGCUUCAGUGGCUUCUUGGUCUCCAUGCUUGUUGCCUACCUGCUGAUGAAGCGCAAGAUUGUCAAGAUGAUGAGUGGGUACCAGGUGUUGAGGAGCACUCUGCAAUUCCUGGCUGCAACUGACCUGAGCGUGACAGGGAUCAGUCUAGCCCAGGAUGCUGAUCCCUCCCUGCCUACCCUGGAUGAUUUCCACCAGGCAUUUGAAGUGGUCUUUGUGGAUCCCUCUGGACUGGUGAAUCUCUGUGCUGAUAUGACUGCCAGCAAAUACCACCAGGUUCAGUUUGAAGCCAAACACUCUAUGGAGAUUUUGGAUGACCGGAUGGUGGAUGGCUUUCAGGUGCUGCUCAUGACCCCAAAGCCCAUGCUCAGGACCUUUGACCACGUGUUCCACCUGAAGCAUGUCUCCAAGCUGCAGGGUACCUGCAAGAAGAUGCAGCUGCUGAAUGAGUUGAUGGAUCGGGGUGGGAACUACGUGGCUGCAGCCCUGCCCUUCGUUGUCUCGCUGCUGGCACGUGGUCUGUCCCAAAGAGCACAGCUUGUGGCUCACUCCCUGCCCCAGAUCCCUGAGUGGCCAAUUGAUGCUGAGCCCCCAAAACACAAGGAUGUUGGGCACCUGACGUUUGGUCUGCUGUUUGUCCCAGAGUUUGCUUCCAGCACACUGGAGAAGGGUCCUCAGGCUGAUCACCCCGAGGCUUUGGAGUUCCGGACCUUCUGGGGAGAGAAGUCAGAGCUGCGUCGGUUCCAGGAUGGCAGCAUCUGUGAGGCUGUGGUGUGGGAGGCCAGCACUGUCUGCCAGAAGCGCCUCAUUCCUGAACAGAUCAUCAGGCACCUGCUGAAGCUCCAUGCUGACAUUCCUGAGUCCUCCAUCUGCUACACAGGAGCCCUGCUGGAAUCUGUGAUCAAGAUUGGGAAAGAGGCACAGGGAACAGGUGAGGAGGCCAUGGUCAGUGUUGUGUGCUCCUACGAUGACCUGAGCCGCAAGCUUUGGAACCUGAAGGAGCUGCCGCUGACGGUGACGGCUGUGCAGGGUGUCCACCCAGCUCUGCGGUACACAGAUGUCUUUCCUCCCAUUCCAAUGAAGCCAGUUUAUUCCUUCCAUAACAAAAGCAAGCACUUGCUAUAUCCUUCGGAGGAGAAGCCCUGCCCGGCCUACAUAACCCCUUUGAAGAUCAUCUGCCACAUGGAAGGCAGUGGCCAGUGGCCACAGGACAAAGGAGCCAUCAAGCGCAUCAAGGCCGCUUUCCACCUGCGGCUGGCUGAGCUCCUCCAGCAGCAGCACCAGCUGGUUUGCAGGCCUGCAGUCACCCACACUGACGUGUACAAGGACGGCUACGUUUUCCGUCUCCAAGUAGCCUACCACCGGGAGCCCCUGAUCUUGAAGGAAGUGAUCACUCCAGAAGGGAUGCUGAAGUACCAGGACACAGAAGAAUCUCGGCAGCUGGAGCUGGAAACGUUGCAUCUGCCCUAUCUAACCAGCUCACUGCAUGGGCUCCAGCAGCAGCACCCUGUUUUCGGCAGCACUUCCCGGCUGGCCAAGCGCUGGGUCAGUGCCCAGCUCCUGAGCGACAGCAUCUCUGAGGAGUGUGUCGACCUCCUUGUGGCGUUUCUUUUCCUCCACCCAGCCCCAUUCACACCACCCAGCUCUCCACAGGUGGGGUUCCUGCGCUUCCUUAACCUUCUGGCAACCUUUGACUGGAAAAACAACCCUCUGAUUGUCAACCUAAACACUGGCCUCACAGAUUCUGAGUGCACAGAGAUCAAGAACAAGUUUGUAGCAGCUCGCUCUCGCCUCCCUGUCAUGUUCCUGGCCACCCCCAAAGACCAGGGGAGCUCCAUGUGGACCCGGGAGCGCCCCUCAGCACAGAUCCUGCAGCGCCUUGUCCUGCUCGCCCGGGAGUCUCUCCGUGCCCUGGAGGAGCAGCUCAUGGCCCCACUCAGCGACCAGGAUGUGAAGAUGGUCUUCCGCCCUCCUCUGGACUUUUAUGAUGUCCUGAUCCACCUGAAUCCAAACCAGAUUCCUCGGCACCUGGAGAGCGUGGACCGGCCGGUGAAAUCAGUUUCCCGUGGCGUGGUGAAGAACAGCUCUGCCACGAAUGUCCUCUUUCCUGUGGUGGAUUAUGACCCCGUGCAGUUGUACCUCCAGGAGCUGAGAGAUGCCUUUGAUGAUCUUGCCUUGUUCUUCUAUGACAAGCAUGGUGGAGAAGUGAUUGCAGUUUUGUGGAAACCUUUGAGUUUUAAGCCUCUGCCUUUUAAGCUCUCAUCAGCCCCAAAACCAUUUGAAAAGUGGAGAUCAGAGUUCUGCUGCUUCUUAGAAGGGGAGGAACCAAGACAGGGCUGCGGCCACAAUGCCUCCAGUCAUCAGCAGAACUGAGAAGGGAAGUAGACUAUCCCAUUCUUGUGGCUUUGGGAUCUUACCAGAAAUACCCAACCCACAAGAAGCCCAGGUCCAGAGUGCCCAUGUCCUCAUUGAUGUAUGGAGCUGUUUUCCAGCUGCACUGUGUGGGCUGGCAAGCCCUAGAGGGUGGUUAAACCAGGUGUGAGGCACGCUGGAGUGAUUCAUGCUGCUUUCUAUGAAGGAAAGACGCAAAGAAACCGGUUACUCAUGGCUUGGAGCUGGCAGCCCAGGCUCUUCUGCUGUCAGUCUCUGGGUGAUUUAUCUCCCCUCUCUUCAUGGCCAGAAGGCAUUGGCCAUUCUGCCUGGCUGCUGUUGUGAAACCCAGUUAUUCACAGUGGUGAAACAGAGGAGGAGAUGCUUGCAUCGGAGCUGAGUCUGGCUGGAUUAAACACAAGGGUUUUGUUUUUGCCACUGUUGGAACCAAGGUCUUUACACCCACCAAAGAGCAGAGCAGAAGCAGCUCUUACUCAGCCUUGUGCUGUGAUCCCUUUUGCAUACUCCUUGUGCUCUGCUUACCAGGCUCUGCUGUGCAUCUGCACACUUGUCAUUCUACCGUACCUCUGGCCAUUAAUUUGCUUCCUGAAUUCCUUUCAGUCUUUGGACUGUGACUCCAGGGUAAACCUUAAAAGGGGCUUGAAAGGUCACUUUUGCACUUUGUUAGCUCUAAAAAUGAGCACUGAUAUUGUUGAGAAGUGAAACUUGUAGAACUGGGUGCAGUGGUGAAGCAGGGUUUGGAUGUGACAAGGCAGGAGAGGCACUUCUCUUGCUUGGGGCUGACAGAGGUUGCAAUGCAACUCUGAGCAGGUGCUCCCAUUUGUGC